ACACACCCCCCGGGCCCCCAACCAAAAAAAAAGGAAGUCUAAAUGAUACAACCCACAAGUUCACCCUCCGGGUCAAGAGCGUCGUCCUCAUCGCAGUAGAGUAAGAGCUUUUCCAUCGCAUCGCCCUCUUCAGUCCUGCAUUCUUAUUUCUUCAGUUCAGUCUUCACCCUGUCAGCUGUCAACGGUGUAGAAAUUGGGCGUUACCGUUAAUCUUAGCAGGUAAGUGUAACGGUGAACAGCCUAAUAGUGAAGCUAAUUAAUGGCAACGCUCUGCACAUCUCUUUCGAACCCAGCACCACCUCCAAAUUUUCAUCUCUCGUCCCUCGGAACCAUUUCGGGUCGGACCCAUGUUCAAUUUUUACCCGCCUCCACCCUCACCACCAGAUUAUCUUUACUCUCUCUCACAACCACACGCCAUCCCUUCAGAACGACGACGAUUAGGAUGGGUGGUGGGCCCCGAACAUACCCAGGAGGCGUUUCAAAGUGGCAGUGGAAGCGAAUGCAGGCCAAGAAAGCUAAGCAGCUCCUCAAGGCCCGCUUGGCCCGCGAACGCCAAAUCUAUGAGAUGCGAAAGCGGGCCGAACUCAAAGCCGCCGUUUCCGAGCUCGAGAGACCUUGGGAGGUUGUCGAGAAACCUCCUACUUUGUUCUCCGUCACCGCUGAUGAGCAGUUGAAGGUAUUGGCUGAUCGUUUCCAGAAACCCGGUGGGUUCGAUAUGUGGUCUGAUAGAGAUGGCCCGGAACUGUUCAAAUCCCACGACGGGCUUCCCUCAUCUCGGUUUUUCCCUAAAGGGGUCGUUCAUAGCGUCAAGCCUUAUGGGAAAAUUGAGAAUUUAGAUGACAUGUCUGAUGAUGAGUUGUGGGGCGGGAAUUCCGAUUUUGACUUGGGUCGGGGCUCCGCGGAGGAAGGUGAUCAUGAAACGGCACUUCUUGAGCACGGGAUUAAUGGCAAACAUGCUAAGAAGAGGAGAAAUGGGGCGAACGGGGAAAAGAACUUAAGUACUCCAAACGAAAAGAACUUGAAUAAUCUGUCCAGUGAGGGCUACAGCGGGAAGAAUUGGAGAAGUAAGCUAAGAAAGAAUCAUAAUGGAAAUGUCAACUUCGGUGAUUCAACAAAAGUUGGACAGGUUAGGGAGGGUUCAUGGACAGAUCAUGGAAUGAGCUCCAACUGUAAAGACAGUAGGAGGAGGCCUAAUGGUAGGGAGAAAGCUAAAGAUUCAGAAUCAGCGGUCUUUGAUUUGUCUAUGCAGAAAGAUGGAAUUUACGGGGUACAGCAAGAGAACAGACCGUGAACAGUUAUGUUACCAUAAUUCAGUUGAAAAAGUAGUAGAGUCUGGCUGCAUUUUCAUGGGUGGAUAUUAGAGGGGAUGCGUUAAUGGGAGGAAAUGUUCAACGAAAUCAUGAUUCGCCUGGGGGCAAUGGAAAAGAAAAGCGCUGACUUUCUGGUGCCUUUACUGCUUGUUCUUCUGAUCGUUAAGUUGUUUUAAGUUGGUAUGAAAGGUCAAUUUGAUCCCAAGGUCCGGAGAUGGCCAGAUGGUCAAUCCAAUCUUUCAUUGUCAGAAUCUACAAUUUUGGACAACUGUAGCAUAGGAAUGAGUUCUCUUUGAAACAAUGAUGGGAGAAUUUGUGCAUCAGUUUUUGCUUGACUUUCUUGACUGACUUCGCUGGCCUUUGAAAUGAUGAUAACAUUAGUUUGCAUUGCUGUAAAAAGUUCUAAACUUGUGUGUUAGUUAUUAGGGCAAGGUC